CCGUGGAUCAUUAAGUGGUGGCAAUAAUCAUUUAAACAGUUAUCCAACUAAUUUCUCAAGCCAUCCAAUUUCUGGUAUUAAUCCACAUGGAUCUCAAAUGCCCCCACUGUUCUCACCAUUAGCUUGCCAAUUGUGUGAUCAAUUAAAUCACAGAGCCCGUGAGUGUCCCUUGUUGAGUCGGAGCAAUUCUGAACCCUCUCAGCUAAACGCACCUUCAGCCUCUACUGCUAUGUCUUAUCUUGUUGCCCCAGGCAGCAGUUGGUACUUUGAUUCUGGUGCCAGUAUUCAUGUUUCCAGCACCUGUGGUAAUCUUUUAACCUCAUCUUCUUAUUCUGGUUCAUAACUAAUUCAAGUUGGAAAUGGUUAUUUAUUGCCUGUCGCUCAUUGUAAUGCAAUAUUGUCCACAUCUAAUCAUCCGUUUAAGCUUCAUAAUGUUUUUGCUCACCAUAUCUUCAAAAAAAUUUAGUUUCAAUUCAUUAAUUUGUUAAGGACAAUAAUUGUAGUGUUGAGUUUGAUUCUUCUGAUUUUCUGUUAAGGACAGCAAAACUUGCAAUAGUCAAAGGGGAUUAUAUCCAGUGUCUAGCUCGUCUUCAAGGCAUCCAACCAUUCUUUCUACUAUAAUAGCCUCUCUUGAUGUUUGGCAUCUUCAUCUUGGUCAUUCUAGUUCAGAGUCGAUCAUUUGCUCAGCUUGUCAAGAAGGGCUUUCUUUGGUCCAACAAUAAACUUCUUAGUUUGGUUUCUUGUCAUGCAUGUUGAUGAAAGCAUGAAAAUGUAUAUUUAAAGUGUACUUAACCAUUGACAUUUGUGGAAUUAUGGGUUUAAGAGUUUUAUUUUUCUAUAGAUAAUUUCAUAAGUGUUCAUUUAUUCAUGUUGUGCAAAUUUUAUGGUGAUUGAAGGUUGAUGUUAAAUGGAGAGAAUUAGAAGAAAAAGGACUUAAAUGUAAAGAGCUGAAAAGAUGAGGAUCUAAGGAUAAAUCAGAAGUUUAAAGGCUCAAGAGUCAGGGACCAAGACUGUUAUUCUGCCAUUAAGCAAAAUUGCACAAAAUGCCAAAAGCCCGACACGGAGGAUGCAGCUGACGCUCUACUCAAAGUGCCGGCAGCUUGUAAAGAGUGUCGACCCCUUGCGCAGUAAUUCAGCCCAGCCCGACCUCCCUUCUAAUUAGGGUUUUUAGGAUUCUAUAAAUACACAUCUAAGUUAUUUUAGAGGGAGUUCCAAGGGCUGGAGAGGCUGCUACCAGACUUCUAUUUUCUUCUUCAAGGCUAGAGAAUUAUGUUAAAGGGCAACUAAACUUUCAACAAGAUU